UGUGGAAAAAACGACAGCGUGGACUGUCAGACAAUAGACGGCAACAACUUCUAUGGUAGAAUAGUGCAGUGUCCCAUUAUGAAUGAUACCGUGUGUUUGAAGGCUGAUUACCCAUCCAUACAAUGCAGAGACUACAUGAUCCGAUACUCGUGUAAAUACACUGACACAGCAUACUUUGAUCCCCAACCUGCGUUGCCCAUCAAGUUACCCGAAGAAGCGACAAGACCUUUAGCAGUAACGGUCACAACACCCACAGAAGUUCCGCCUUCUCAUCUUUCGUGCUUAAGCCAAUGGUCAGCCUGGAUAAACAUGGACACACCGGACACUGGUGAUGGCGACAGAGAGUCUUGGAGUUAUCAAGAAAAACAUACCUUCUGUCCAACUGGCACUAUCACCGCUGUUGAAUGCCAGACUGUAGACGGUAUCCCUUUCCACAAUACCUGUGACAAUGUGCAGUGUUCCGUAGAUAAUGGUUCCGUAUGUUUGAAGUACCCAAGAUUGUGCAGUGACUACAUGAUCCGAUACUACUGCUCUACAUGUUCAACCUGUCCGUUUCCCAUCAGAAAUGUGUCUUCCAUACAAGUACCGGAAGUCUCGACAAGAACUCCUGCAGUGACGGAAACUGUUCCAGCAGUAGCAAAUGCUACGAACUCUAAUGCCGCAGAUGAGUGUGCGACAUCAACCCACCAUUCUCUAACAGAUACCUGCAAUCCCUUACAACUGGGCGUUGUAGUCGGACUCGUCUCGCUAAUAUGGUUAAUAAUCAUCAUCAUCACAUGCGUAUAUUUUACAGCUGUGCAAAAACAAAAGAUCGAAGACAAAAGCGUUCAACGUGCUUAAUUCCUUGCCAUGAAAACAACGCUUGAUAUCAUCUUUUUGGGACUUAACGAAGAGUAACAUGCAAACAAUUUCAAUUGUACAUUUGUCAUUAAUUUAUGUUCACUUGUCUUUAUUAUCAUUUUAAUUCAAUUGCUAACAUUAGAGUGAUUUUUUCUUCUAUUUUGAGCAUGCAAAAUGGAUAUAACAACAAUACACAAUAUGACCGUGGAAUUUUUGUUGUGUAAAACUGUCUAAAUUCGUUUAUUUUAGC